AUUUGCAUGCAGAACUUUUGCGCCAUAAAGUGGCUUUUUAGUAAAUUUCACCUGUAAAAACGCUAAGAAUGGUAAGGGCUAGCUUUCUGAAUUUCAAAGUCUUUGACUGUCGUUUUGAUUUGCUGGUGUUCUUCCAAAUGUUGUUUUGGCCUCGCCAUAACCAACGACCCAAUUGCCGCUUUUGCUUCUUAGCCGCGCAAGCCAGAGAUGGCGGUUUCUCAGUCCACCGCUUUCUCACCGAAAAUACCCCAACCCAGUGUCAUCAGCACAACACUUUCGACGCCUCUGUUUCAAGAAGCCGCAUCAACGGGCCACCGCUGCAGAUCAAUUAAAUUCUUGACCGAGCGUCAAAGACCCAUCGUCUGCUCUGCAAUCUCGGGAUCUCGCGGAAAUGAAACUUCGAGUUUGGUGGGCGCGAAUUUACUGGAGACGGUUAAGGUGUUCGAUUUGGAUGGAAAUGGAAUUCCAGUUUCAGAUUUAUGGAAAGACAGGAAAGCUGUUGUUGCCUUUGCCCGUUAUUUUGGAUGUGUCCUUUGUAGAAAACGCGCUGACUAUCUUGCUGCCAAGAAGGACAUAAUGGAUGCAUCCGGCGUGGCACUUGUUUUAAUUGGACCUGGAAGCGUAGAUCAGGCAAAAACAUUCUUUGAGCAAACUAAAUUCAAAGGAGAAGUUUAUGCAGAUCCUAACCACUCAUCAUAUGAGGCACUAAAAUUCGUUUCUGGGGUUUUGACCACAUUUACUCCUAAAGCAGGUCUUAAGAUAAUACAGUCUUACAUCUUAAGACAAUACAGUCUUACAUGGAAGAGUAUCGACAAGACUGGAAACUUUCAUCUGAAAGGAGACUGUGUCCAGAGUGGCUGGCAGCAAGGUGGAAUUAUAGUUGUAGGUCCUGGUAAAACAAAUAUCUCAUACAUCCACAAGGAUAGAGAAGCAGGGGAUGAUCCAGAUAUUGAAGACAUAUUGGAAGCUUGUUGCUCGUAAAGAAUAUGGCGCGUCCUUUUGCUUCUUGUGCGCAAACCUUGUACUGGAAGCAUUGUGAUCAAUGGUCCACUUAUUACCAAGUUGCUUCUUGCUCACCGAGGUCCAAAUUUCAGCCAUAUAUAUGCAGCACUUCAACAGUUUGAUUUUUAUUUGAAGUAAUAUAUGUUAUGUGAUUAUUAAUUGAGGUACAAUGAGUUGAAAGCUGCACAAGUAACACUACUGGUAAUUUCAACUGCCAAAUUGAGUCUAGGGGCUUGAUUGAUUACAUUGUAUUGCGAGCUAGGAUCCAACAACUCCACUUUCACAAACUAUCAUGUAUAAGCAUUCUUUGCUCCUAUUAAAUGAAUUACAACUACCAAUAAA